CAGCAGGGUUGUUUUGGUAUGCGCCAGUACAGAGUUUUCUGUCACAACCUAAAGCUCAGCUUUAACCAGCCAGUUUGGGCCACGGGAUUGAAGACACUUGUCAGGAUUGGUUUCAUUAUGCUUCGCCCGAGUUGAUGAAACGAACUGUGUUGCGAGUGAAGGACAGAUAUUGCGUUAAUUUAGCAAAUUACAGGAGCUAGCGGUUGGCUAGCCUGUUAGCUGGCUAACUCAGAGCUUGUCACCCUGUCAACAAGUUGUGUUCAGGAUGGACUGCGCGGCACUGGAGCUCGAUGCUGUCAAAUUUGCCAAAACAGCCGUCACGUAUGACCAGAAUGGCAAAUAUAACGAGGCUGUAUUUUAUUAUAAGGAGGCAGCCCAGGCGCUGAUAUAUGCUGGCAUGGCAGGGUCCAAACUGGAAGGAAUCCAGGACAAAGUGAAUGAAUAUUUGGAUCGUGUCCAGGCUCUGCACAAUGCUGUCCAGGCACAGAAGAGUGACCCGCUGAAGUCCCGGCAGCAGGUGGACCUGGAGCGCGCCCACUUCCUGGUCACCCAGGCCUUCGAGGAGGACGAGAAGGGAAAUGAUGACGAAGCCAUUGAACUGUACACUCAGGCUGUGGAGCUGUGCAUUAAGACGUCCAACGAGACGUCGGACCAGGCGCUGCAGACCAAGCUGAAGCAGCUAGCGCGUCAGGCCUUAGACAGAGCGGAAGGUCUGAAAGAUUCCCAGUCCAAAUCAACUUCAACCCCGACUCAGGACAGGACAGGGCCCUCUGGUACCAAACCUGCCAGUGGUGGCAUUCCUGGGGGACCAGUUCGUCAGUUUUUCCCCCUCGGGCCGGACUUCUCUCUCCACGACCGACCUCAGCCCCAGCCGGUCCGAGCGGUCCAGUCCAGCGAGCCGCACGGUCAGCGCUACACGUCUGAGGAGAUCGAGGUGCUCAGGAGUACAUCUACAAUCAACGGCAUAGCCUAUGUGCCCUUCAUGAGCGUGGACCUGAAGGAGAGAUUUGCCUUUCCUGUCCCUUUCUCGGACAAAACAGGGAAACUGGCACUGUCACCCAAACAGAAAGCCAUCUUCUCCCGCUGGGUCCGGCCAGACGAGAUCUGCAAUAACCCCACCAUGAUCAUGUCUGUGUCCAGCUUCAGCAUCAAACAGACGGUGGUGUCUGACUGUUCCUUUGUGGCAUCACUAGCCAUCAGCGCAGCCUACGAGAGGCGCUACAACAAGAAGCUUAUCACCAGCAUCAUCUUCCCUCAAAACAGACGAGGGGAACCGGAGUAUAACCCCUGUGGGAAGUACAUGGUCAAACUUCACAUCAAUGGAGUUCCCAGGAAGGUGAUUAUUGACGACUACCUGCCGGUGGAUCGUAACGGAGAGCUGCUGUGCUCCUACUCCAGCAACAGGAACGAGCUCUGGGUGUCUCUGAUAGAGAAAGCCUACAUGAAGGUGAUGGGAGGCUACGACUUCCCCGGUUCCAACUCGAACAUCGAUUUGCACGCACUCACUGGAUGGAUCCCUGAACGCAUCGCUAUGCACUCUGACAAUCAGUCAUUCAGCAAGGACGACACCUUCCGCAUGCUCUUCCAGAGGUUUCACAGGGGUGACGUCCUCAUCACCACGGCAACGGGAGUGAUGACAGAGGAAGAAGGGGAUAGAUGGGGUUUAGUGCCAACUCACGCGUACGCUGUUCUUGACAUCAGGGAAUACAAGGGAAUGCGUUUCCUGCAGCUGAAGAAUCCAUGGAGUCAUCUGCGGUGGAAGGGCCGCUACAGUGAGCGAGAUGAGAAGAACUGGACUCCUGAACUCCUCAAAUACCUCAACUUUGACCCUAAGACAGCACAGAAGUUUGAUAAUGGUGUUUUCUGGAUCUCAUGGGAGGACCUGUGUCAGUACUACGAUGUCAUCUACCUGAGCUGGAACCCUGCCCUGUUCAAGGAGUCCUCCUGUAUUCACAGUAGCUGGGAUGGGAAGCAGGGCCCAGUGAAAGACGUCUACAGCCUGGCUAACAAUCCACAGUACAAGCUGGAGGUCCAGUGUCCAGCAGGAGGAGCUGCUGUGUGGGUGCUGCUCACCAGACACAUCACUGACAAGGAUGAUUUUGCACAAAACAGGGAGUUUAUCACGCUGGUCGUUUACAAGACAGAUGGGAAGAAGGUUUACUACCCAGCGGAUCCCCCUCCUUACAUCGACGGCAUCCGCAUCAACAGCCCACACUACCUGACCAAGGUUAGACUGACCAGCGCGGGGACACACACGUUCACACUGGUGGUUUCCCAGUACGAGAAACAAAACACCAUCAACUACACACUGCGGGUGUACUCUGGAUGCAAAUUCACCUUCUCCAAGAUCCCAAAUCCCUUCACUCACACCAAAAGGAUCAACGGCCAGUGGAAGGGGCUCAGCGCUGGAGGUUGUGGGAACUAUAAGGACUCGUAUAAACACAACCCCAUCUACCAGAUUAACCUGGAGCGGUCUGGACCCCUGCUCAUCGAGCUCCGGGGAUCCAGGCAGUACAGUGUCGGGUUUGAGAUGGUGACGGUGUCGACGGUGGGGGAUCCGAGUCCGGCGGCCUCCCCGAAGAGGAGCAGUGGAGAUUACAGAUGUGGCUUCUGCUACAUGGAGGCGGACCACGUCCCAGCAGGCAUCUACAACGUCAUCCCCACCACCUUCCUGCCCAAACAGGAAGGACCCUUCUUCUUGGACUUUGGAAGUACCUCGCCCCUCAAGGUCUCCCAGCUCCAAUGAAGAUGGAGCUGGAGAGGGGACGAGGCGUGGACCGGGAGGAUGGUACUUCAGGACAUCAAGGGAUUUUUCUGAUAUUUCUGUUUGAAUGUGAUGAGGCGUCGAGGCCUCCACUAAGUCCAAAGAGCCCAGAAUGUGACUGACAGCCUCAACUAAACACCAUCUCAAACAGCCUUUCCCUGUUCCCUCUCGCUGGAUCCUUUGCUGAAAUAAAUGGACAGAUCUUUGGCUUCAACUUCAACACUGACGCGACGAUAAUACACAGUUAUGGGGAAGGAAUAAAUUAUUAAUGAGAAGUCAUCAACAGGAACCUCAGUAUGGAACAGAACAGAAUCAAGGCGUUUCAAAACCGUAAUAAUAAAAAUGAGUCAGCAAAGUGGUACCUCUUUUUACCAUAAUAAGAUAAGACAGCAUUUCUUCUGUAUGUACCUCCACCAGAUGGAUUCAUGAGCAUCCCUGCUCUGAUGGACCUCAUGAGAAGACACAAAUCAUACGACCACGUCCAGGAAUGACUGGAUGUUGGAGAAGUAACAGGGUUGAAAUGAUUUUUUUUGAAAUUUUGCUGCAGUGAGCACCUCAUCGAUACAGAAGUGAAUUCUCAGCACUCGCUUCUGGUUGGAAUUUGACAAAUGUCAUGAGAUUGGGAUUUUUCUGUAAUGGUUUGGACCCCUUAAUUUCAGUGGCACACGAUCUUUAUGCCUCAGCAAUAGUGAGCUUCCAACUUUCCCACAGUUUAUGUUUGUCCCUUUCCUCUCUGACGUGAACCUGUCACCUUUAGUUCUCCAUAUACUUUUGACCAAUUUGUGGAUCCUAGUUGUGAUAGCCCAGCCCGGCAGGUGUAGGCAGCGUUUGUGGCCCUGCCAUGAAACGACAAGUUUCUCUACAGAAAGCAGAAAUCCCCUCUGUGUGGUAUAUCUCUCAGACCAGGCUGUUUGGAGCUGUAACUAAACUGUGUCCAGGACCACAGCGUUUGUCAGAUGUUGGAGGUGCUCAUUACUGCAAACUGCUCGAAUAAAAAGCAGUUGCUUGAUACAGGCAGCCACAAUACAAAACAAACAUGAAGGCCCCAGCUGUUCUCUCAAAAUAUUAUGUUGCCAAAACCUGACCAGACUUCUUGUCAGUUAGUUUGUCUCCCAGGAGUUUAACAGUCUGGAGCCUCUGCCAAAAUAGCAAAAGCAGUUUCCAAGUGUGACAGGUUGAAGGGACGGUCGGUUUCCUCAGAUGACCAUGGAGGGUUGUUUUUAUUCUCAGGAGCAGUGCAGCACAGCAGCACCACAGGGAAUCCAGUAUGGCAGCAGUUGAAUGAUGUCUCCUCAUGCUGUCUGUGGACGUGACGGCUGAGUGAGGACGUAUCAGCCUGACUUCACUGACAGGCCUCACGUCAGCUCUUAGCACUGCUUGAGACAGGUAUCACACACUGUACGUGUUAUACUUGUGUGUGAGUGUGUGUGCAUGUGUGAAUGUUUGAUUUCUAUUGUCAACAUUUUAAAGGUAAAAAUGUAUUGCCAAGUACUUAUCCUCUGUUUACUCUUAUGUUACUGAGCUGCACUUUUUAAUCAUUUCUUUUUAUGUUUAUUGUCAAACACAAUAUAUGGAAAUGAAUAUGUCACUUUGAUUCUUCAACGCCAGCAGUUUAAGCAGUUAUCAGAAAGCGGCUCAUUUAAAAUUCACCUUGUCUCGUCAGUUUUCAUUGUGAGUGUGUUCUGGGUGACGUCGCCCAUCAGCAGCCUGUCGUAUACAGAUGUAGCUGCUGAAUUCUGCGCUGCUUCUCUCGGCAUCGUAUUCCUUGGCAGCAGCGUUUGGUGGAUUUGGAACCAGGCUGUAUGUUGUGGUGUGAGUCCAUCCAUCAGCAGGAAGGUUGUGUUGCAUCAUGUCGAUGCAGUCCUCUCAGUCCACUCCUGUAUCUGUACGUUAGUGUCUGAUGCACAUUCUAGCUCAGUCAAAUCACCAGAUGUCUUUCAGUCGUCCAAAAAAACACAAUCAGUGUUGCUUAUUAAUGCGUCUCAACACUUAACUGCCAGUUUAUUAGGUACACCGAGUUAAAACUGGUCAAAUCUGACAAACAUGAAGGUUCUGAUGUUCAGUUUUCACUGAAACUGGUUUAUAAAAGUGUUGAUUCAGCUGUAUGAUGAUGUGGAGGUUGCACAGAGAGACAACUGAAUCAACACCUUUCUAAAACAGUUUUAAAAAAUGAACCUCCGUUUUGAGAGUAAAAUUUGAUUCUUGAACAUUGUUAGUCACAAUAACCAUAACUCAAGCUACACUUACUGCCUGUUUUUGUUAAGCUUCUCACCAGGGCUGUCAGAUGCAGUGGAAAACUAGUGAGUGGGCCUUGAGUCACUGACUAGAUUUUUUUGGUCACUUACUGUAUUAACAGUUCUGUACUUCUUUUAUUCAGCGUCCCUCAGUCACAGAUGUUUCCUUACAGCGGACUACACAGGGUUACAUUAGUGCACAGAUUCAGUGUCCUCACAUAAACCUUCUCUCUGUUUACUGGGUGUAAUGCACAGUUGUUAAGGUGCCGUGAGUAAGUGUAAAGUCACUGUCACACAGCUUCAUGUUGCUGCAGUGUGGGUCCACACAUUGAUUACUUUCAUUUAGCCGAUAAAAGAAGGAUCAUUGUUUUUUGAGAUUGUUGCUGAUAUAUUUUCACGGGAUUUCACUGCAGCCUGUGAUGUUGUGUGCACAUGAUAUUUCAUAAGACAUGUUCAGAAUAUAACACCAAAACCAUACAUGGUUUAAUUUAUUUAACCACGACCUUUAGCUUUGCUAAACCAUCAUUCUGUUUAUUCUGAGAUAAACUCUGACCUGGUUCACAGCACUGCUUCUGGGACAAUUUUCAUUAAUGAUCUCUGUUAACAGCCAUUCAUAGUCAAAGCAGUGCUGACUGGAGGCUGACUGUAAAUGAACUGAUGAUGCUGGUGUGCUAAGAGGUUGAAAUGUUGGAGUAAAAUAUAGCUUUAAAUCUCCUUUGCCAAGCACUUCUGUCAACGAUCCACCUGUUCAUGAAUGGUAACUGUUAUGGAUACCCUAUCUUUGUCACUAUAUGAGUCAUGUUGUUUUAACUGGCAGCAGGACAAUCUUGCCGUGACCUGUUGUAUGAAUGAUGAUAUAAUGUUUGCAGAACUUGCACUAAAUGUUGGGUAGACAGACGUAUUCAAGCUUUGAAUACAGAAAAUGAUAUCUCA